AUGUCUGCCUGGCGCGUUGAUGAACCGGACCCGAGCGCUGAUAGGCGGCCACACUCGAACAGGUCUGAGCCUCUCAGAGAAAGUUUUGACGGCAUUUACCUGGACCUUUCGACGCUGCCUGGACGAUGCCGUUUCGCUGAAGGCGGCCUUGGCUGGAAGCCUUCGGCCGGAGGGGAUACCUUCACCCUGGACAGAGAUAACAUUACGCUGGGACAAUGGAGUCGCGCUGCGCGUGGCUACGAGCUGAGGGUCUACACCAAGAACACUGGUCUCAUCCAGCUCGAUGGCUUCCAGCACGAGGACUUCGAUCGUCUGGCCAAGGUCUUCAAGAUGUGGUAUAGCAUCAACCUCGAGAGCAAGGAGCACGCUCUGCGUGGAUACAACUGGGGCAAGGCCGAAUUUGGAAAGUCGGAGCUGUCGUUCAACGUCCAGAGCCGCCCCGCUUUCGAGCUGCCCUACUCCGAGAUCGCCAAUACCAACCUCGCCGGAAAGAACGAAGUUGCCAUCGAGUUUUCGCUCACCGGAAAUGGUGAGGAUACCGGUACGAACGGUCAUCUAGGCGGCGCCAGAGCUCUGGGCAAGAAAUCGGGCGGUGCGAGGGACCAGCUCGUGGAGAUGCGGUUUUACAUCCCUGGAACUGUGACAAAGAAGGAGAAGAAAGAGGAUGGCGAGGACGUGUCUGAGGGCGACGAGGAGGAGGAGCACAACGCUGCCAGUCUGUUCUACAACACACUGAUCGAAAAGGCAGAGAUUGGCGAGAUUGCGGGCGACACCUUCAUUACAUUCGAAGAUAUCCUGCAUCUCACGCCCAGAGGUCGUUUUGGUCUGGACAUGUACGAGACGUCGUUCCGUCUUCGUGGCAAAACGUACGACUACAAGAUCCAGUACGAUGCGAUCAAGAAAUUCUUUGUACUGCCGAAGCCCGACGAUAUCCACCAACUCAUCACCAUCGGCGUCGACCCGCCUCUUCGUCAAGGUCAAACCAGAUACCCUUUCAUUGUCAUGCAGUUCAAGAAAGACGAGGAGCUGGACGAGCCGGUUCCGCUAAACAUCGAGCCCGACGUGCUGGAGGAGAGAUACAAGGGAAAGCUCGAGGCCCAGUACGAGGGACCGAUCUACCGUGUCGUUGCACAAUUGCUCCGUGGUUUGUCAGGAAGGAAAACGAUCGCGCCGUCGAGGGAUUUCGUCAGCCACCACCAGCAGAGUGGUAUCAAGUGUUCGAUCAAGGCCAACGAAGGACACCUCUACUGCAUGGACAAGAGCUUCUUGUUCGUGCCUAAGCCGGCCAGCUACAUCGCUUUCGACCAGAUCUCGAUCAUCACCAUGUCUCGUGUCGGUGGUAACCUCUCGUCGAGCCGCACUUUCGACAUCACGAUUAGGAUGAAGAACGGUUCAGAUCACCAGUUCAGCAACAUCAACCGUGAGGAGCAGACGCCCCUGGAGGAUUUCUUCAAGAUCAAGAACCUGAAGACCAAAAACGAGAUGGUGGAUGAUUCUGGCGCCCUCCUCGCGGCAGCUCUCAACGAUGACCUGGACGAGUCGGACGACGAGCAGGUGGCAGUCAACCGCGGCAGCGCAGACGAGGACUCGGAAGAAUUGGACGAAGACUUCCAGGCCGAGAGCGAGUCGGAAGUGGCCGAGGAGUUCGAUUCAGAUCACGAGAGCAGCGGCAGCGACGGCGACGAGGAAAUGGCAGAUGCGGAUGCGGAUGCCGACGGCGACGAGGACACGUCGAUGGUGGAACGGCCAAAGAAGAAGGCGAAGACGGACAACUGA